CAUGUUUUCUUGCAUAAAUGAAUUCUCAUAGCUUGUAAGCCAUUGGAUGCAUGGCCUAUCCGCAAAUGCGUAGCGCUGCAUUAAUACGUACGUUGUCGACCUUCUUCUCCGUCUUCGGCACCCAGGCGCUUAGGCCAUUCGAGAAACCCCUCUCUCUCGGCACCUAGUACAUAUCGUCUUCCCGCACUCGAUAGCCACGAAAUGGAGACGCGAGCAUUCGUUCUGUCAAAGACAUUGAGGGCCUGCCUCUGCGUGUCUUUAGUUUUCAGCAGCGUACACCAAACUGUAAUGAUGCCAUUUUCAAGGGCCCUCGGGCCUUUGCUAGCAGCCGACGACGCAUAAUCCAUAAUGUGGAAACAUUCGCGGUGGUUCAGCUGCGGUUAAACUAGGCCACCGCAACCAAUCAUCACAGCUCACGCCUUAAAAUACAAGUGAACGUCGCCAUGCUGUACCAGGGGCAGCGGUGGGCAGGGUCGCGACUUCCUUCUGUUCUAACCGCAGCUUUGCUUUUGAUGGCCUCUCUUGUGACAGCUUUUGAGGACGCCAGCAACUUAGCAGUUGAAGUCAGGAACGGACAACAGCUCGCAGCGGCGUUGAGGGAUACCCGUGCGGGGACAAUACGACUGCUGGGCGACUGGUUGCAGAUGGGCGAGGCCGACGUCCCUUGGGCGACACCCGUCCUUAUCACCCGGAACGUCACGCUGCGGGGCAAUGGCCGGCGCCCCACAGCGCUGGACCUGAGCUACCUCAAACACAAGUUCCGCAUGAAGGCAGGCGUCACCAUGCGCCUGCAGAACCUGGUGCUGCUGCGCUGGCAGGAGGGGGCGGGGCCGGGGCCCUCCAGCCUGGCGGCCGGCGGUCUGGACAUGCUCGCAACUACAGAGCCGGGCGAGGAAGCUGUGCAGUGGGUAGAGGACAGCUACCUGGUGUACCCGGUGUGCUUCCCGGCGGACACGUUCCGGGCUCUCACGACGGUUAUGCCGCACAACUCGCUGCCGCCACAGCUGCCACCUGGCAACGCGUGGGAGGUGCCCACACCGGUGCCCUCACCGCCGGGCGUGUGCAAGAACGUGUCGGAUGCGUUGACUCCGGAUGCUGACCCCUCCGUGUACCCUCUGGACCGCUGCUACGCGCUGUCGGUGCGCUGCCUGGUCAGCUCCGUGUACGGCGCAGACCUACAGCCGGUAUCAGGCAACGCCGUGAAGAACGGCUACCUGGUGCACAUGGAGCGUGUCAACAUCCUGUGUCCUGAGGUGCUGUCCAGCGAGUGCAUCACGGCACGAGGGCCGCUAGCCUGUGCUCUUUCAUGGCUGGAGGCCCACCACCCUGCGCUAGCUGCCCAAAUGGAAGACAAGGUCGACGGAAGCAGUCAGAGGCCAUCUGCGGCGACGGUUACAGCUUUGUCUGCGGCAUCGGAGGGCGGCGGCGAUGGCAGUGGCGGCUCACAGGAGGUGCCGGUCGCCGUGGUGGCUGGCGGUGUGGUUGCUGGGUUCAUCGGACUAGCCCUCGUGGGUGUGGUGCUGGGUGUGUGGGUGCUGGUGCGGCGGCGCCACCACUCGCGGGCCCACCUGAUGGGCGCAGGCGGCUCCAGCGGACCACAGGCGCCCGGCAGCGGGGGCGACAAGACCACAGUCGUCAUGGCGGGGACUGCUGGAGACGUAGAGGCAGGGGCAGCAGCCAUCAAUGUCUGCUGCAGCGGGCACUUCGCCGGCGGCAGUGGCAGUAGCGGCAGCAGUAGCCCAAGGGCUGCUAUACCGCAAACAGCAGCAGCCCUGGUGCGGGACGUCAUCAAGUCCGCGCUGGGGCAGCACGCGGCGGCAACCACCACAGACACCGCAGUAGACGCGGCGGCCGCAUGUGGCGUCAUCACCAGCAGCAGCUGUGGGUCGGUGCCUGCUGGGGCUCCACCGCUUGCAGCCGCCGCCGCUGAGUCCCUGUCGGCCGCGGCGCCGGAAGCGACAGCGCUUGCCACCAGGCCAGCGGUGCCAGCAGAAAUCCCGAGCGCACUGUCCGCCGUCGGCGCAAGUGGGAGUGGACGGCGAGUGCGGUGGAGUGAGUCCCUGGUGGUGGAGCUGGCGCCCGCGUCUUCCUCCUCCUCAUCGCAGCUGACAUCAGCAGCAGCCCCGCAGCUGCCACCGUCCCUGCUGCUGCGGUCAAGUACCGCGGCGCCUCAUUCCUGCCACCCAAAAGGCACCUCGGCAUCAUCGCUGACUUCGGCUACCACACAGCCACCACGCCCCUGCCUCCGCACCGCUACCAGCGGUGGCGGCAACGGCCGCAGUGGCAACGGCCGCGUCAGCCGCCCAAACUCUUUAUCCCUGCCGGUGCCUGCUGCGCACACUGCACAGCCCCACGGUGACGUCGUGUGCCAGGUGGCGGCGGCGGCAGCGAAGAAGGACACGGACGCGGGCUCUGCCGGUGCAUGCAAGGCAGGGCUUUGCCGCCCCUCCCCAGACCCGGAACUGAGGCUGCCGCAGCCACCGGGGGUGAUGACACGGCUCCAGCCUCACGCCGCAGACCUCCGCACACAUGGGCAGCUGCCGGGCAUGGCCGCUGCAGUGCAGCACCAACCCGUGCUGUUGGACCUGCCACCAGCCGCUUUUGCAGCGGCUGGCCGCCACCCACAGCCACAGCAGCAGCAGCUGCUACCCCCCACCACCAUUCACCGCUCUGCAGUACAAGGCCAGUUCCCCAACUUCACACAGCACCAGCACCUGCACCACUCUUGUAGCCAUGCCGGAAAUGGCUCAAUGUUUCAGGAGCUCACUGCUGACAGUGCAGCAGUGCUCACCACGGUCUCCCUCAAUGAAGAGGCGGGCGACGGCGGAGGGUGUGGGCAUCAUAAUAGUGCGGAGCCAAAUGACAACGUCGUGCGGCUUCUGCCACGAGUGCUGGGUAGCGGCCCAUUCGGCAAGGUGUACGCGGGCGUGUACCGCGGCCGCCACGUGGCAGUGAAGCUGUUGAUGGGGCUGGGGCCGCACCAGCUGGCGCCACCGGUACUCGCAGCAGCAGGGCUGCCGGCGCCACCCGCCGCCGAAGGCACGGGGCCGCAGGAGAUGGCGGGGGUGGCGGCGGCGGCGGCGGCGGGUGUUCCAGCACCCACGCCAGACAUAGCACCCGUACCAGGCACAAUGGUGGAGGAGGCUGCCACAGGAGCCAGCAGCCGUGCAACUAGCACCAGCAGGGGGCCAAGCAGCAGCGGAAUCACGGCCACAGCCAACGCCAGAAGCUGCUCCAGGCAGCCGGUCCAGAAGCUUACCUUGGGCACCGGUCAACAGCCCUACCGGCCAUCUCCACUGCGGCCCUCAUACAGCGACACCGGCCCGCCCCUCGCGCUGCACAGCGACGGGUCGCGGCAACAGCAGCAGCAACAGCAGCCGGCGCAGGGCUACCCUCAUCCUGAGGGCUUUGGCCCUGCUCGUGGGCCCGCGUCGGUUGCUACCGAUGCGGUAGUCACGUGCGUUGCGGCCGGCGGCAGCGGCACCGAGCUCGCGAGCAACGACCCAGCUGCCGGCCUAUCGCCCAUGACCGCCGCAGCCCGGCAACGGCGCCAGUACUGGACCUAUAUGCACUUGGACACGUCAUAUGCCAGCAUCGGCACUGGCGCCUGCACCGCUACCAGGAGCAGUGGGGGUGCGGGUGGCGGCUGCGUAGACGAAGGCUCAUCAGCAGACCUAGCACCAGCCAUUAGCCUCUCACACAGCCCCACCGCCCGCCGAGCGCCACCGCCCCGCUGCGGCACCGGUGUGGGGCCGUGUGGGGCCGACCUCCAGCUGCGGGGCUGGCCACUGCCAGUGCAGCAGGAGCAGCAGGAGCCAAUCCGCGGUGGCGAUGGGGCAACGGGAGCAGGAGGAACGCUAGGGGCACUGCUGUCACAGCCGCAGGAGCAGGAGACUCUGAGGGGCUUCCAAGCGCUGAUAGAUCGCCCCAUGCUGGCCUAUGGCUCUGACCCGGGCCGGCCGGAGCAGCGCCGCGGUGUGACCGCGCACACCUUUGAUGCCGUUGGCGAGGGUGGUAAAGAGCGGAUGGUGAGCCCCACUAGCUCUCAGCAGCAGCAAGGCCUCCGCCCCAACUCGUCUUCUGAGCUGCUGGAGCCGCCGCCGGUGCCGAAUGGCGCGCACCCGCGGCAUCCGUCUGCAGCCGCAGCCUCUGCUGCCAUCGCUGCCGCUUCCACCAUUGCAGCUGCAGCUGUUGCUCCUGCCGUGUGGUAUGACCCGGAGGAGUUGGAGCUGUUCACGCGAGAGGUGCAGGUGCUGGGCCGCCUGUCGCACCCCAACAUCGUGCGCCUGAUCGCGGUGUGCAUGGCUCCCCCGCGGCUGAGCCUGGUGAUGGAGGCGGCGGAGACGUCGCUGGACAAGGUGGUUUACGGCGGCGGCGGUGCGCCCGGGGGCGGCGAGCUGCUGCCGCUGCCCAAGGUGCUGCACAUCGCGGUGCAGAUCGCUCAGGGCCUGGCGUACCUGCACCCCACGGUGUGCCAUGGCGACCUGAAACCCGCCAACGUGCUGCUGAAUGGCGCGAGCAGCGACACGCCCGAGGUCAAGCUCACGGACUUUGGCCAGGCGCACAUCCGCAUGUCCACCACCUUUGGCAGCAGCAGGGCCACGCUGGGUGCGCUGGACGCGCCGGCGGGCGGCACCGCGGCAUUUUGCGCGCCCGAGUGCUUCGACCAGGCCGGAGGACGGGCCGUGGCCGUCACACACAAGGCGGACAUCUACUCCUUUGCGGUGGUGCUGUGGUGCAUGCUGACUGGCCAGGAGCCAUGGCAGGGCCUGGGAGCGGUUUCCAUCGCAGUGCAGGUUGCGCUGCGGGGUCGCAGCCUGCUGUCGGUGCCUUCGGGGCUGGCAGAGGAGCGCUGCCCGCCCAAGCUCAAGCGCCUUCUGGCCGAGUGCUUCGAGCCGGACCCGCGCCGGAGGCCGGCGGCUGCCGAGGUUGUGAAGCAGCUGAUGUUGGUGGAGGAGCAGUGGAUGCGCAGCAGGGCCCAGCAGCAGCAGCAGCAGCAACAGCAGCAGCAGCAGCGCCAGCGGCAGCUGCGGGAGCAGCAGCAGGCAAUGCCGGCCUUACGGGGUGCGGGAGGCCAGCAGCUCGCGCGGCCACCGCUGGGCCGCCGCGGCAUGCGCCACCCGUCGGCGGGCGGUGGGGAGCGUGUGGGCGGCCCUGCAGCCGCGGCCGACGUCUCCCCAGCAGCCAGGCAUCAACGUCAGCAUCACGCCUCCCGCGCCAGUGACCCAGGCACGCCGCCGCCGCCCUCACCGCUGCACCUGCACGCGGGGGUGCUGGUGGCGGGUCGCGGCAGCGCCACGGCGGCAGCAGCGGGCGACAGGCCUGCCGGUGCCUCGCUACUCGACAGUGGCGGCGGCCUUGUCGGCAGCGGUGGCUGGGGCGGCUCGGGCUCACUGUCCACCUGCAGCAGCGGCUCGCUGCCCUCACUGCCGCCGCUCAGGGCUUUCGCGCCCCGUACGCUCACCAUGGCCUCAGCCACAGCCACUGCUGCAGCAGCUGCAGCUGCUGGUUGCGAGGCGGUCGCCCGGCAGGCGCCCGGCACGCCGGAGGAGGCGGCGGGAGGCCUGGAGCUUGCGUGGACACCCACGGGCAUGGGCGGCGCCCAUGCAGCCGCGGACUACGACCAGUACCGCGAGCCGCAGGCAACGGGAAUGGCGCCACCGAUGCGCACGACUCGUACAACUGCAAUGGCGGUGCGGGUAGGUGCGGUGCGUGUAGGUGCGGUGGCUGCAGCCGCUACGGCUACCAGUACCCUAUCUAGGCACGGCCGCACCACUACCACUGCGGGUACCACCUGCGCCAUUAACCGCCAGCAGGUGGAUCCGGACAGCAGAGGUAACACGUGAGCGUGCGUCUGUUGUACCACUGUGAGCACCCCGCUCAAGGUACACCAGGUAUAAUGCUGAUGACAAAUAAUGCAGGCAUGUGGAGGAAGGGGCAAUGCGAGUUAAGUGUCGGUAAGGUGCAGGACAUAACCUCACCAGCAGCACGGGGGUGUGAUACGGUAUGGCGACACACGCACAGAAGGGAGCAGCUCGGUGGCGGUCGGCAGUUGUCAUGGUGUUGGAAUGGUGCGUGCAUGUUCAAGUGAACACUAAGAAACAUUUCCCAACAUUAGGAAGUAAUGUGCGGCAUCGCACAUGGUAUGGACAGGUAUGGAGAUGUGCGAGUAUGGGUUGCGAUGCGUGUGCGUGGUCGUGCAUGGGCAUGGGCAUACACGUGAUUGCUGUGGGGGAUCCAUCAUUUACAUGGAAGAGAUGAAAACUCGUGAUGCGCAUUUGUGGGUUGAGGUAACUAUGAGUGCGUUUACAACGCACAAGGUAACACGCAGUGUGCAUGCGUGUUACAUGGAUAACAUGAAACAUAUGCUACGGCAACAAACGCGGGCGCACCCGCCAGUAUCAUCUGUGUGCAUGUAUGCGUCAGGUAUUCAGGCCACGCAAAGGCCAAGUGCGCUGCAGGAUGAGAAGCAUGCAUGCAUGGGAGUGUGCCAUGUCUUUCAACACGAGGAGAGCAUGCGGUGAGUGAGCGGGCGGGGGCGGCACCAGCAAACGAUUGGUCUGUUGAGACGCCAGAUCAGGCCAGAGGCAGCAGGUAGGGAGGCAGCAGCAGCUGCCUCGCCGUACGGGUUGGGGAGGACGGGGAUGGGUGUUGCGGGUGACGGGGUGAGGAUGGGGAUGGGUGUUACGGUGAGACACGGUAGACGAGUGCCCGCUGCCGUGGGCCGUGGGCGACCGGGAGGUGGUUGGGCUGUAUGGCGGCGGCGUCCUGCUGCUGGUGCGUGCGGCUCUGCAGACGGAAUGCUAGCGGCUGCCGUGGAGUGCAUUGGCCGGGUUGUACGUGCGGGGGUUGCGUGAGAGCAUGAGGCUCCAGGCGUAUGAGUACGGUAGUUAGAUGUCGGGCCGGAACACGCAUGGGAAGGGCAGGUGCAUGGAGGUGUGACUGCUGCCGCAGGUCGGGCCCGGGGUGCGUUCCAGCCCGACAGGGCCCGGGCAAUCCAAGUCCAUGCGAUCGUGCCCAGCCAGGUCUAAGGGUGAGAUGAAGGUGCACAUUUGUUUGUUGCUGCACGUACAGUGUUCGGGGACCGGAAGGUGGGGAGCUAGCUAGCUGACGAUUUGAGUGUGCGUAUGCAGAGGACUGGCAGCGGAACAUGCACAGGCAGAAUGUGCAAUCCCCGCGCGAGGUGCUGAUGUGCCUCGGCCCCUGCUGCCAGCACAUUACUGCCCCUGUAGCAUUGUAGCAGCAGGCGACCCAACGCCUACCAAGUUGGCGGCAUGAAUAAUCCGCCCCAUGUUACGGUGCUGUUGGGGUACACGUGGGGUACAGCCGUGUUUCUAGCCGUAUACCCGCUUAAGCUGGCGGCCCUUUCUUGCCAACCCCGUGAAGCGCAGGGCGCAAUACUGUUCUAGCCGGUGCGUGAAGUACCAAAAGAUCUUCGCCACAAAACGUGCACCGUGCAUCACUUGGCGGAAUGGCGGCUGAUCACUAGGCCAGCAGCAGCCAUUGCCACGGGCGCGCACGUCCCUGACCAGCAGUGGCCAGCAGUGCUCGCGUGCACACCCGGACAGCAAGUAGCCCCGCCGGGAAGGGAGGGGUUAGUUAUGUGCCCGGGGGUAGGAAAACAAAGUGAGGGGACG